AUGCAAGAAAAUGACAGCUUGAUGGAACACAUACUAGAAAUACUGAUUAAGAGCAGUCUAUAUAUUGGAGAAGUUAUUGAUAAAAUCGUACCAUCCGACUGGAUACUCGGGUGUAUAUGGAGGAAUAGAAGAUACAUAGCACAAGGUAAGGAAUGGACACACUCUGUCUCAAAGAUGCUGGCAGGAAUGGGGGCUACCAAAAUGCCUGAAAUGUACAUUACACUUGUCUCUGAGUUUUGUGAUACAAUUCCAAAGCUAGUCUUUAAGCUCGAAGAUGAGCACAUUAGCAUGCAUUUGGCCAAAAUGUUUGUUGUGAUGAUGCACAAGGGUGUGAUUACUACUGCACAAUGCAGUAACUACCUGAAAAACAUUCAAAAGAAGUGUGCAAUGCUUGGAAGACUUGACAUAGUCCUGAGUGGUCUGGAAUGGAUAGAUCCCGAAGAUAUUAUCUGCAAUGGUCAGAUGGAUGGUGAGGCCAGCGAAGCUGUGCACGUUGGUAAGUGCACUGAGGUAGAUUUUGAGCUAGCAAAGCAUCUCUCCAGCACUGAUAGACCUGACUCACAAAGUAGCAAUGGCAUCGAUCUGGCCAGUCAGAAAAUGAUACAUCCAAGCAUAAUGCUGGAAAACUUUAGCAAGCCUGAUGCCUGUGGACUUAUCAAGGAUGCAUGCAAAGAUGCAUCGGUGGAUGGCAGUAGUGCCAUUGAAGCAUUUCCCUUUUUCCUUGACUUUCCAAGCUUCAAGGGAAUUCUGGAGAUCGAAGCUAACAAGCUGGUUUUGGCAGUUGAUAUUUUGGAAAAAACAGAGCUGUUGAGAUAUUCAAUUGAAUUUAGUUCAACCAUCCAACACGAAGACGAGAUUAGUCUCGAGGGCAAGUACACUCUUUUUGAACUUACUGUGGAUUUGAUUGGCAGGAGAUAUACAGUUGAAAUAGGUAAUCACAAAUACCAUGGUGUGUUUGGGUUGCAGUGCCUGGUUAAACCACAGGCCCUUACUUUCCAGCAGUUUGAAGAAGCAUGCAAGAGGGCAGAAAAUAGCAUAGGCAUUGAUAUUAAAACCAUUGAACAGCUAGAUCUUUACAGAAUUGAUUCUCAAAGAUUUGCAGGAUGCAUUCUUGGAUACAAAGUGCUAAUUAGGAAGAAAAGCGGUGGCGCCGAGCUGAAGGGAGAUGGCUUUGUCACCAACGUGUUUGGACCUUCUAAGUAA